UUCCUUCAUUUGUGGGUUAUCGGCUUGUGCUACACCGGAAGUAGCCUCUCUCGCUGAAUCUCGUGCAACCCGAAACUUCAAGAUGGCAGCAGCGAUGGACGUAGAUGCACCCAGCUGCUCCAGUAGUGGAGCAAGCAAGAAGCGAUUUGAAGUCAAGAAGUGGAAUGCUGUGGCACUUUGGGCUUGGGACAUUGUUGUGGACAACUGUGCUAUAUGUCGAAACCACAUCAUGGAUCUUUGUAUAGAGUGCCAGGCCAACCAAGCUUCGGCGACGUCUGAGGAGUGCACAGUAGCCUGGGGUGUCUGCAAUCACGCCUUCCACUUCCACUGUAUUUCCCGCUGGCUCAAGACCAGACAGGUGUGCCCACUUGACAACCGAGAGUGGGAGUUCCAAAAGUAUGGCCACUAGCUGGGAUAGUUUUACCUCCUCCUCGGCUUUUGUUCAGGUUUUACCCAUGAUGCAUCUUUUCCCUUCCAGUUUGCUGUAACCCUCUGGGCUUGCUUUUUGUUUUGUUUCAAAUAAACAUAUUUCUGUCA